AUAUUGGAUAAAGUCUCAGUGGCUGCAGCUAUUGAGCGCAGUACCGACAGUUUAUCCAGGAACUGCAUAAUCACAAUAAUUAAAGGAAGAACUAGCAUAUAGGCCUAAAUACAAAAAGUAAGCACAGAUCUGGUUAGACUGUGCGAAUGGUGUGUUUGCUGUCUUCCACGGGACUGUCACAAGUUGUUACAUUGGCAGCAGGCCCCUUGAGCAACAAUAGGCUCCGUUGAGGUUGGCCUACUGCGCAUGACAGUCUGCUGGACAGUUCCAGAGAGGGAAAUUUAAAAACGGUUUUUGGGAAACAAGUGCAGCACAGUGAAAAUACAGUAGGCUACAACGGGGCUCAUCGCCAGCUCAAAUUUGCUGCAGAUUAUUCUAAACAGGAUUACCAAACAUCCCAAGAAAUGAUAGAAAGUAGAAUUACGACCAGCAUGUCAGGAAUUCUCGAAAAUUCAGGUCAUCAUCCCUCUCCACAAGACUACAGACUUCUGACCACAGACCCCUCCCAGCUCCGAGAGGAGGAUCUCCCCGGGGACCUGCAGUCUUUGUCGUGGCUCACCUCUGUAGACGUUCCCCGGCUGCAGCAGAUGGCCGAUGGUCGCGGUGGUGGCGGAGGAGACUUCAACGGGCCUUCCCAGGGGCAGGGGGGCAGCCUGCUGGAGCAGCAGACAGCUCAGCUGAACAACAUAACCAUGGCAGGGGGACAGGGAGCCAUGAUCCACCUACAGAGCAACAUGCAGCACAGCCCCCUGGGAAUUAACGUCAUCACCGCCCAAAGCGGAAGUAUGUCUCCAUUCUCCAUGAAUGGGCAGCCCUCCCCAGGGUACCAAUGCCCUGCCUCUGUCUACCAACCUACACCCCAACAAGUGUUCACUCUGACCCAGACUAGCCAGCAGUGUACUCCUGCUGGGCUCUAUGGCAAUGUCUCUUUCAACAACCAAAGCCUGUUCACACAGCCGCGCCUGGCUCCACAAAACCAGGACCUGCAGCCCAAGACUUUCCCCAAGCCCAUCUACUCCUACAGCUGUUUGAUCUCUAUGGCUCUGAAGAACAGCAAGACAGGCAGUCUCCCAGUCAGCGAGAUCUACACCUUUAUGAAGGAACAUUUUCCCUACUUUAAGACAGCACCAGACGGAUGGAAGAACUCAGUCCGACACAACCUGUCGCUAAACAAGUGCUUUGAGAAGGUGGAGAACAAGACGAGUGGGUCGUCUCGUAAGGGCUGCCUCUGGGCCCUGAACCCGGUCAAGAUCGACAAGAUGGAGGAGGAGAUGCAGAAGUGGAAGCGUAAGGACCUCCCAGCCAUCCGCCGCAGCAUGGCUAACCCAGAUGAGUUGGACAGGUUGAUCACGGACCGGCCGGAGAGCUGCAGACGGAAGCCCAUGGACCCCGGGAUGACCCGUCUGCCCAGCUGUCCAUCUGGCCUAUCCCUGCCUGUCCCGGGCCAGAUGCAACCCCAGCCCAUGGUCACCCUGUCCCUGCAGUGCCUGCCCAUGCACCAGCACCACCAGCUCCAUGCCCAGGCCAGGCUGGCCCCGGUGUCCCCCCCCCCUGCCCAAACGCCCCCCCUCCACACCGUUCCUGACCUCUCCAACAGCCUCCUCGCUACCCAGCAUCCCGGCAAGCAGCCGCACGACUUCUACAGUCUCCAUGGUGAGGUCAACGCAGAGGUGGACACGCUGGACCCCAGCAUCAUGGACUUCGCUCUACAAGAAGCAGUGAUGACCAGUGACGUGACACGAUUACCUCCUUCCCCAGGUAACCUGUGGGAGAUGAAAGACGACAGCUUUAAUCUGGAGGCAUUGGGCACCUUCAGUAACUCUCCCCUGCGUUUGUCUGACUGUGACAUUGGCACCAUGACGGGCAGCCUCCCUCCAGUCUACAGCGGGGGCAGCAUGCCCUUCUCAGACCUACAGGUGACGGGCAUGUACACCUCCUACGCCGCCCUGGACACCCUCUCCUCCCAAUACAUGGGCACGCCAGGCAACAGCAAGCCCAUCACUGCCCUGCUUUAAUGAAAACAUCCCCCGCACCACAGAGUGGAACCACACGGUGAGAGCGGCAACGAGACAUCACCAACAAUACAAAAACUUUGUUUGUUGCUGUGGCUCUACUUGUUAAUCCCACUCCUGGCGCCAAAAAGCCCCCACAUCUUCCACUGAAAAGCCUGAAUCCUCAUUGCUUUUCUCUAUCCCCAAUGACAGAGCAACUUGUGUUGCCAUGCCUAAGCCACUAUUUCAGAUGAGAGAAAGAAGUCUGCUUGGAGGGUGAUUUGAUCAAAGUCAUUGCUUUUACGUGUGUGGUUUUACAAUAGGAGUAACCAAUGAGGAAAACUGAAAUUCGGGAGGAAAUUUACUCAAAUAUACUGAUGUCUCUGGGUGAACUUUGCCAAGCAAAGACUCAAGAGCUGUUGUACACAAACUUAGCAGGCUACACGUAGCAUCUCUGCCAGUUUUGUACAAUGUUGACUUUCCUGUGUUUGUAAGCCUUACCAUGGUACUGUUAGUUCCCUGUUCUUAUCCAUUGUCUGUAUUGUGCUAGGCAGUAUUACUGUGAUGUUUUAUUUAUAUUUAUAAAUGGCAGCUGGAAAAGGGGAGGAAUUUAUCAAACACCGUUUACUGUACAUUUGUGUUUCAAAUCCCUGUGAUCUCCACUGAAAAGCCUGUUUCUUAAACAGUUUUUAAUCCUUACAUUCCAAAACGCAAAUAUCAAAACCUGUCUAAUAAUAGCAUUUGUAGGCCAUUUUACACAUUUCUGCAUUUGAAAAUAUGCUAAAAUCUGUCCGAAUUCCUAAUAUUCAUUGAAUUAUUCACAACUUUUGGGAGGAUGUCAGGCUACAUGUACGGUAAAAUCACAAUGGAUAAAUAAAAAGAGCUACUCGCUGAAAACAGAUUCAUUACAUUUAUUUACAGAUACUAUACAUUACUCUAAUAAGGGGUAAGUACAUGGCAGAUUUGACAUAUAUUAUUGACAAUUUAAAAUGGAUAUCUGGCAUUUUGACGAAGGCAACAGCAGCAGAACGGCUUGGGGUCUCUUGGUUACAAUCUUGUCGUCUACCCAUUCUACCCUUCUCUGCCCCUGUCCACCUGAGUUGAAGCAACAAUCAGCAUUAUAUUAAAAACACAUCACAGAGAAAAAGUCAUAUUUGAAUGUCAAUUUGUUCCAAAUGAUUACUAUACAAAUACUAUGGGUGUGAAUUUAUUCAUUAGCAUUUUUUAGGAUUAUUCACUGACUCCAGCAUACACCAUCACCGACAACAAAAAAAACACAAAUGAAAUGACUCAGGAAAAACACAGGCGUAUUUGUUAUUCAGUCAAAAAAACAAUAAUACAAAGAAAGAAAUUCAAGGGCACACAAACACCGGUUAAUAAAAACUAAAAAAUAUUACCUGACUUUCAAAUUGUACUGGUUAGUCUUAAGGGCAAUACUGACAUAUCCCAUUUUUGGAUUAAAUUAAUGAGGGGGAAAAUAUGAAAAUUCCCUACUAGACCAUUGUGUCACUGAAAUGAUUCUGUAAAUGAAAUGAAUUAAACUUAAUUUAAAUGUAAUGUCACUGAAAUUUGUCUUUUUUUUGGUCAAUAUUGUCACAAGGAUACAUAAUGAAGUAAAGGCUACACAUCACCCAACCCCCAGACAGGCUUGUGUAUCGUCUUUGCACUGGCACAUAACUUAAAAAAAAUGUAUUUAACAUGGUAUUUGUUCGGCCCCUGGCUGGCGUACAUUCAAAGGUCGGCACACAUUCUCCCAGAUAUCAACAGAAUGAUCAACACACCAUAGCAAAAACCCUGGUCACCCCCGUUGUAAAAUGCCAGUGUACAGCAUUAGCGAUGAGAAGCUUGAUAGAAUACUAAUAAAAAAAGGCACGUUUUCAAAUCCUAUUGA